CACACGGCUCCGCUAAAGAUGUGAAAAUGGCGGAGCUACAAAUGCUUCUGGAAGAGGAGAUUCCAGCAGGUCGAAGCGCACUACUAGACAGUUUCACUAAUUUGGAAAGAGUCGCGGAGUACUGCGAAAGCAACUAUGUCCAGUCUCCAGACAAGCAGAGGGCGUUGGAGGAGACCAAGAACUACACUACCCAGUCUCUGGCCAGCGUAGCCUACCUGAUCAACACGCUGGCCAAUAAUGUCCUGCAGAUGCUUGACAUCCAGGCCUCGCAGCUCCGCCGUAUGGAGUCCUCCAUCAACCACAUCUCACAGACGGUGGACAUCCACAAAGAGAAAGUGGCCCGGCGGGAGAUUGGCAUCCUCACCACCAACAAGAACACAUCCCGCACACACAAGAUCAUCGCCCCAGCCAAUCCCGAGAGGCCUGUGCGCUACAUCCGCAAGCCCAUCGACUACAGCAUGCUAGACGACAUGGGACACGGAGUCAAGUGGUUGCAAAGGUUUAAGGCCAGCGCUCAGAACAUGAAGGCCGGAGGAGGUGGACUCCCUCGCACAAACCCCCCCACACAGAAGCCACCCAGCCCGCCCAUGUCAGGGAAAGGGACCCUUGGGCGCCAUUCCCCCUAUAGGACGCUUGAGCCGGUGCGUCCACCCGUUGUCCCUAACGACUACGUCUCAAGCCCGACGCGCAACAUGGCGCAACCCCAGCAGAGCCCUGCACGCACUGCAUCCGUUAAUCAGAGGAACCGCACGUACAGCAGUGGGAGCAGCGGAGGCAGCCACCCCAGCAGCAGCCGCAGCAGCAGCCGAGAGAACAGCGGCAGUGGCAGCGUGGGCGUGCCCAUCGCCGUGCCAACCCCAGCCCCGCCCACCGCCUUCCCAGCCCCAGUCCCAUCCAACCCGGCUAAACCUCCCCCCAACACUGCCACCACCCCUGGACCCCCUACCUCUGCCUUAGACGGCCCCCCACAGGCCCCAAACCCCCCUGUAGAGAUCCCGCCUGUACCCCCGCCCCCUCCCCAGCUCCCUGCCUCUGCGGCCCCCACUGGCACAGGCCCCGCUACUUACGGCAACCCUGCACAAGGUGCUCCUCAGUUCUACAGCAUGAACCGCCCGGCGCAGCAGCAGCCCCAGAACUCUCAGGUGGGAGGCUCGCUGCCGUACCGCCGGCCCUCGUCUGUCACCGGUCAGCCCAACAUGGUGCACAACCAGAGCCAGCUCAACGGGGGGCCGCACUUCGCCCAGAACCAAGCAGGCCCACUCGCGCCCCCUCCCCCCUCCAUGCAGAUCACUCCUCAGCUGCCUCUGAUGGGCUUUGUGGCCCGAGUUCAGGAGACUAUCUCAGACGUGCCGCCUCCGCCUCCACCUGCCGAGGAGCCGGUGUUUGAAGAGCCCACACCUCCGCCUCCGCCGCCGGAGGACUACGAAGACGACGAGGAUGAAGAGGAGUCGGCGGUGGUGGAGUACAGCGACCCAUACGCUGAGGAGGACCCGCCCUGGGCCCCACGCACCUACCUGGAGAAAGUGGUGGCCAUCUACGACUACACCCGAGACAAGGAGGACGAGCUCUCGUUCCAGGAGGGCGCCAUCAUCUACGUGAUCAAGAAGAACGACGACGGCUGGUACGAGGGCGUGAUGAACGGGACCACGGGCCUCUUCCCCGGCAACUACGUCGAGUCCAUCAUGCACUACGCCGACUGAACAAUCCCCCCUCUGGAGCUGGCGAGGAAGAGGAGGAGCGGGAGGAGCGUUUGAAGGGGAAGGGGAAAGGGGGAGGGAGGGGAGCCAAGUUAAAAGGUCAAAGACUUUGAUCAGACAGAGCAUGAUCACCUCCGGGCGGAGAGAGAAGAGAGAGACGGGGGGGAAGAAGAAGAAGAAGAAGAAGCUAAAGAAGUUGCAACAUGACAAACUGAUGCCCAGUCAUUCUCUCGACAUUGUAAAACAACCACUACUCUAGAUAUAUCCUUCCCUGUAAUAUUUCUUUCUUUGUUUCUUUAUUUGACUGAGGAGGACUGGACGGUCAAAGGAUUUAUUGUAUUUUGAGAGUUUUGCGUUACAUUAUGAGGCCACUACAUUGAUUUUUUGCUUCAUUUUUCUGUUUUUGUUUUACCAAUUUGCCCUUAUUUUAAAGAAUAUUUAUUUGGAUUUUGUAGUGGGAUAAAUGGCGAGCAGGCAGACGGGGCUGCUGAGAGGGAUUUAGUGGUGUGAGUUUACGACAAAGGGCUGGAGAGGAAUGCCUUCAUGUGUAGAUUUCCUCCUUAACACUCCAGAGAAGUUUUAGAGAAAAAUACUCCUCUAUAUAUAUAUAUAUAUACAUACAGUAUAAUGCAACAACAAUAUCCUCGGUAAAGGGGAAAAGAGUAGUUUCCGUACUUGACAAAUUACUUGUUAAGGUACCUCAGCAGAGCGUGCCAAAGCUGACGUUCACUCGGAUAAGCACAUCAAAUGUCUUAACACACGAAGCGAGAUAAAAGUGGGACAGAAGAGGCGCCUGAAAGCAAACAAAAAUGCCCCCGAGAGAGCAAAUUAUCCGCUUAUUUUUUUAAGUUAAACACAUAACCAGAAAUGUUUUGUCCGAGGUUUAACUCCAAACGGCGACAUUCAUUCACUACAUGCUUCACUUUGCUGGCCAGUGUGCAUUUAUUCCUGAGAAGGAGUCGUCAUCCAGCCCUCAAAUUAGAGAGGAGAGCGAGAUCCUCACUUGCACAAUGACCUGGAUUUUGAAGUCUUACUCUGCAGCUCCUGUCAUGAAUAAUAGAAGUAUAUUAGCUCAACUGGCGAGGCUAAUCAUUUGCAGUGUUCAUAUGCAUUUGAGACGAGGAUUUUUUUUUUAUUUUUGGCGUUUUACCACGGGGUCCAGAAUCUGGUUCUUGCUUGCAGAGCGGCAGACUGCAUGUUUCGACGAGGGGAAAUACAUUUCUCUUCUGCUCUACUGAUGAUUAAUGUCUUAAUAUUUUUAGAUAUGGUGUGGUUUGGUUUUUGAUAUAUUCACCCACGACGACGACGAUGCAUUUAGGUCAUUUCUAAGAUGCUUGUGCCAUAUUGAAGUGUGUGUUGCUGUUCAGAGGUUCUCACUUCAUUUGCAAUAAAUUGGCCAGAGGAGAGGGGUGGAUUGUCGUUGAAACUACAAAUCUUUCUUUAACUUUUUUAAUUUUCAAUUCUCCCGAGUUGUUUUAAAUCAAAAGCACAUACAUUUGUAGUAAAAAGGUGUAGAAGAAGAAAUAAUAUAAAUGUGAGAUGUAUUAUGUCCUCAAAACAGGACUUAUUGAAUAUGAAAAGAUGCCAGCUGUUGUGUUGAAAUGGUUUUAACCGUCGCAAGCCCCCGAUACUUCUUAAACGCCGUCGGUUUAGGCGUCGUUCGUCCUCCGUAAAGUUUCCGAUACGCUUGGCUGUUGGGUGUUUGCGAGGGCUCAGUGCUUGUACUUAUGUCAGAAUCUUUAUUUUCUAUUAAAAAAAAAAAGAGAAAUAAUAACAAGUGGGUCUGUAUGUGAGUCUUGCAUGCCAUUGUUCUUAUCUGUACUGGUGUCCCAAAAACCUACGUGGCGAGAUCACCCAUUGUUAAAAAGACAAGCAGCCCUGCAGCUCCGACCUGGAACCACCAGCCUCAUCCAAAGAGACUGUACAACUUUACUCAAGCCCACGUCCGAGGAGGCGCUCUCUGACCUGUGGGGGAGGAGGGGAGGGGAGGAGAGGGGAGGGACGAGACUUCCUCCCCUCCUGACAGUAGCCGUCAUUACGUCAGUGAUGAAAAAUCGUGUGUUUUAAAGCUGCUAGUGAAUCCUGCGGACAAAGAAACCCCCAACAGGUGACGAUAAAUGUAACACUCCAGAUUGACUCCUGUUUCCUAACACUCCUAGGAUGACACUAGAAAAAAAUAAAUAAAUAAGGCCCUCCUCCGUCUGCAGGAUUCACAGCUCCCUGGAGUCACAGACGUCCCCCGGGAUGUCAAGUUUAACAGUCUAUAAUGCCAUUGUGUUGCACAGUUAAAGUUGAAUUGCAGAAGUAUCAUAUUUGUAAAAUCAUGAGAUCAAAGACAAUAAAAUUAUUAAGAUUUA